AUGCGUAUUUUCUCGGUUGCGUCGCUCUGCCUGGUCAUCUCUGGACUUGCCAGUGCAGCGCCCGUCACCUCACCCACACCAUCACCCAACCCGAAAAGCUCAGGGACGUUGCAAGUCAGGCAAGAGGGCGGUGCUCUUGAAACGGCGACAGUCAGUCGCACGGUCACUGUCACAGAGGGAAGCCACACCAAGGUUGUCUAUGCCACCAUCACUGAGACUGUCAACCUCGUCGACCCUGUAGUUGGGUUCCAGCUCGCCAUUGCGACGGUCACGGAUGCUCGAUUCGCUGCUGUCAAGAACCGAGGUGGACUUGCACGACGAGCAAGGCAGGAGGGGCAGCAGCCUCACUUGCGUCACAGCCAGCGCGAAUCUUUUUCGAUCCCUUCAUACGACUCUACCACAACUCUAAUUUCAUCUGCACCCCACUUGUACGAGCGUCAGGAGCCCGUUCCUUCCACUACGACCAUCGAGGUCAUCGAGACUGUGACGGUACCGGCCGAAGCAGACUUGAUUACGACCGUCACCCAGACAGUCAUUGUCACCCGCACGAGUGCCCCUGGCGCCACUACCACAACCACAAGCACCGUCUUCGUCGACCCCUCAAGCGUGAUACCCUCUACCAGCGCUGGAGAACAGUCCACGACGACAUCCUCCGGCGUCGAAUCGAGCAUCUUUCCCUCCACGUUCGCCACGUCUGUAAUAUCCCCUUCCUCAACCUCCAACAACACUCUCAGCGAAACGGCGCCUACGUCCACCUCGUCUCCCACAUCAACCUCCGAAUCCGACUCCGACGCCGCUUCAACAAUGGCCCCGUCUUCCUCCUCUUCACGCCUGUCCACCGACGAACUCACCGGUCUCAUCGCUGGCAUCAUCGUCUUCGUUAUCGUUGCAGCAACGAUCGGCAUCAUGUUCUGGCACCGCUACCGCCACCCCGUCGAACCCUAUCCUCCCCCGACUGCGAUGGCACCAGCAGCCCCGUCAGUGACGCCCCCACCCCUCCCCGCCGACGACCCAGGUAUCCUUGGUUCCCCAGCCGUCACGGGCCCAGGCCUACCAGGCUGGCCGACGGCAGCACAAAUCAGGAUCCCCGUGCGAGCGCAUCCUCACCCGAAGCGGAGGACGCAAAGCUCAGAGCUCUCCCCCUUUGGAUACCUUCCCACCGUCAACGAACGAGCACCGACACCGGCCUUCCGGUCUUCCAUGAUGGACCUGCCCGAGGAGGAGUCCGCGCAAGAUAUGAGCAGGAGGCGGAGCGUCGGAGACAUUGGCAUGGCGAUUCCCAUGUCGCCUGAGCGCGGGGGCAGUCGAUUCUCCACGAUGCGCGUGUAG